ACAGUGCACAAUCGUCAAAACCAACCAUGUCUUCGACUAUCAGCGCGAGGAUUCCCUUGCGAAAUCUCGCGUCACAGUAUGCACGCUCUUCCACCACAACCACGGUCCAGAGACGGCGGCUCUUCUGCAAACCAUUCUGGCGAUCAUCACCUAAGCUGUCCGAGCACGCUGAUUGGAGCCCCGCUAUCCAUGGACCCUUCAGACCAACCACACGCCGACGCCAGCAACAAGCAGAGCUGAGACCGCCGCAAGAGUUGGACAUAUUUAUUGAAGAUUUGCCGAGUGUCACGCAAGUGGAUGAAGGUGCAGCAGCCAGGAGCAUUUCCGUUAACAUUUAUGGGGAUUCCAAGGUCUUUGACACUGUGUUCCUCCGUGACAGUUGCACGUGUGCGAAAUGUGUAGACCCCCAUAGCAAGAACAAGCUCUUCCAGACAUCAGACAUCCCUGAGAGUCUCGAAGGUAGUGCUACGGCUAUUUUUGAUGAAGAAAAGGGCGAAUCAAUCGAGCUGGAGUGGUCUACAGAUGUCAAAGGCUACGGUCCUGAACACCGCACACGACACUCCAUCGAGUGGCUGCGGCGAGCAUGCAGCACUGAAAUCGAGCUACGCGGUGGCUCAAGACACGACGACCGCGUUUUCUGGGAUCAUGACAAGAUUGCCGAAAACAACAAAUGGCUCGACUAUAACUCCUACAUGACCGACGACGCCACCCUCUUCGACGCCCUCACCCACCUAAACAGAUACGGCCUCCUCUUCAUAAACAAUGUCCCAGACUCCGAAGAAUCUGUCGUCUCCCUCGCCUCCCGCAUCGGCACGUUAAAGGACACCUUCUACGGCCGCACCUGGGACGUACGAUCAAAGCCAAAAGCCGAAAACAUAGCGUACACGCCCGACUACCUGGGCCUACACAUGGACCUCCUCUACACCGCCAACCCCCCACAUCUCCAGCUCCUCCACUCCCUGCGCGCCAGAACCCCCGGCGGUGAAUCCUUCUUCUCCGACGCCUUCAACGCAGCACACCAGUUGCGGCGGCAAUCAGAAGGCUACUUUAGAACCCUCUGUACUUUCCCCGUAACAUACCACUACCACCACCCGAACCAGCACUACCAUAUGACACGCCCUGUCAUAGAGACCUUCCCCUCGCUAAGAUACGAAGCCACGGACUGUGCCAUCCGCCGCAUCAACUGGUCGCCGCCCUUCCAAGCUCCCUUUGAAGCGCGUAUUGGCUCCGAGCACUCAAAGUCUCUGCGCACCUUCAUCGCCGCCUCGCAUGCGUAUGAGAAGCUGCUUAGUAAGGAGGAGAACCUGUUCGAGUAUAGGCUUAAUGAGGGCGAGUGUGUGAUUUUUGACAAUCGGCGUGUGUUGCAUGCGAGGAGGGCGUUUGAUGCGACAAAAGGGGAGAGGUGGCUGAAAGGCGCGUAUGUGGACGACGAUGUGUUUUUUAGUAAGCUGAGGGUUUUGGAAGAGAAGUUUGAAGGGAAAUGGGUGGCUGAAGGUGUGGUCAGGCAUGCUGUGAAAUGAGGAAUAGGGAGUAUUUGUAGCGUGUGUUGGAUGAUACUAUGAUGGAAAAUGCUGUAGGCCUGUUAUUCAGUAUAUGACGUUUCACCUUCCA